CCUUUCUCUCCCUCGUCACUCACACCCCUUCUUUCUCUCUCUCUCUCCUUCUCUCUCUAAACCCUUCUCUCUCUCUCUCUCUCUAAGGCAUCCAUGGCGCGGAGCUCGAAGCUGAGCAAGCUAAAGGGGGCGCUGAAGCGGUGGAACUCCACCCCGGUGCGCGCCGUCUCCCGCUCCGUCUCCGGCGGAACCGCCGCCGCCGCCGCCUCCGCCUCCGCCUCCGCGAGAUGCCACCACCACGAGGACGAGGCGUGGCUAAACCCUAGAUCCGACGACGAGGAUCGCCUCCCCGUCCCCUCCGGCCUCCACCCCGUCUUCGUCGGCAAGUCCCGCCGCCGCUACCUCCUCUCCUCCGACCUCGUCUCCCACCCGCUCUUCCGCCACCUCCUCGCCCGCUCCUCCGUCUCCGGCGACGUCUCCGGCGACGGCUUGGUCGUCGGCUGCGAGGUCGUCCUCUUCGAGCACCUCCUCUGGAUGCUCGAGAACGCCGAUCCAGCCCCGGACUCGCUCGACGAGCUCGUCGACUUCUACGCCUGCUGAUCAUCAAUCACUUCGAGCGUUAAUCUCAAAGCACGACGACCGCACUGUGGGUCGACGACGUACGAUGUACAUUCUCGGAACUACUACAUAUGGGGUUGCGGAAAAACCAAAAAAAAUUAAAAAAAAAAGAAAAAGAAAAAAAGAAGAGUCGAUCGAGAAUUUAUUAACCCCUAAUUGUGUUCUCAUUAUAAGCUUUUUCCUUAAUUAUUAUUAUUACUAUUUAGUAUUUUCUAAUUUUAAUGUAGGUGGGGUGAAUAAUUUUGAUGUACUCGUCUUGUACAUUUGAAUGUAAAGAAGUACUUUUCUCUGAAA